AUGCUCUUUAUUUCUAACGGAAAAAUUGACAUUGAAAACAAUAGGGUAGCAUUCGGUAAAUUAUUUUGGAUUCUCAUUAGAUGCGGCUUCAUAUAUGGUGCAUUAGCACUAAGUACCAAAAUAUUAGUUAAAUAUUUUCCAGCGGUUACGGAUAGAUCCAAAAUAAACGUUUCUAUGUUUCGCAACUCUUUGGAAACUACAAAAUCUAUCCCGAAUUCAUCAAAAAUCUUGCUCCAUUUUUGAUGAUUUUCCCCGAAGGCUUUAAUUUCUGUGAUACUGCUAUAA